AUGGUCUCAUGGUCAAAGAAAUGGGAUUUACCUUUGAAUUUUUUCAAAGCAGUGGCGUUGCAUUCCGGAGAGACUCCUCAGACCCCCUACCUUUGCAAUUCAACUACUAUUCAAUAUCAAGAGCAAUUUCGAGAUCUUGAGGAAUGUACACGGCAGAGACCUCGGCCUACCACUACUCCUCUACAAAACAUAUGUUUUGCCACAUCUAGAAUACGCCACGCCAGUCAGGAGAAAGUUCUUGAGGGAGGAUAUCAAAAAGUUGGAAAAAGUACAACAAACUUUUACUAG